AUGUCAGAAGUCAAAGAAGUGCCUAAUAAUACUGAGCUGAAGCGCCAAGAGUCCUCGGGCCACUAUGUCGACGGUCAGGAGAGACUGAGCUCCGAGGCGGCACGCCUGGAGCAGCUGGGCUAUGCCCAAGAGCUCCCGAGGGAGUUCUCCAUUUGGUCCAUGAUGGCACUCUGUAUGUGUCUGAUGGCCACUUGGGAGGCUCUCUCGGCUGUUUUGGGAUCCGCUAUUGUUAAUGGAGGUGCUCCGUGUCUCUUUUAUAAUUAUGUACUCUCCUUCAUCUGUACCAUUGCCAUUACCUGCUCCCUGGGCGAGAUUGCGUCGAUUUACCCUACCGCCGGCGGUCAAUACCACUGGGUCGCGGCCCUCGCCCCGUCCGCGACCAAGUCGGCCGCCGCGUGGUUCACCGGAUGGAUCUCAAUUGGCGGCCAGGUUGUGCUCACGGCAUCGGCAGCCUUUGCAGCGGCUCUUCAGAUCCAAGGACUCGCUAUUCUGAAUAACAAUGCUUAUGUCCCGGAACGAUAUCAGGCCAUGCUGAUCUUCUGGCUCAUCUUGGUUUACAGUGCUGCCAUGAAUAUUUGGGGCCACAAGCUCCUUCCGAGUGUUAAUCUACUCUCUGCUGUUCUUCACGUUGUUGGUUUUUUGGCCAUCUUCAUCACGCUGGCUGUGAUGGCACCCAAGAACACAUCGAGCUUCGUUUUCGCAGAGGUAAUGAACUCUUCGGGAUGGUCCAGUGAUGGAGUAUCAUGGUUGGUCGGACUCCUGAGUGCCGUGUAUCCUUUCCUGGGAUAUGAUGCCGCUUGCCACAUGGCCGAAGAGAUCCCCAACGCCAGUCGAAAUGUCCCAAUUGCCAUGGUUGGUUCAUCCGUCGUCAACGGUUUGAUCGGCCUCGCAUACUGCAUCAUACUUCUAUACAGCACUGGACCAGUUGACGACUUGUUCACGACAGUCACAGGCUUUCCUUUCAUGCAGAUCUUUUUGUACGCCACAAAAUCCAACGUCGGUGCCACGAUCCUCUCCCUAACCAUCACCCUGACCGCCGUGGCCGCCACUGUCGCCGGCGUGGCCUCGACCUCGCGCACCGUAUGGGCCUUUGCCCGCGACGCCGCGACGCCGUUCCACCGGGCCCUCAGCGUCGUCGACGGGCACAACGAGGUGCCGACCGCCGCCAUUGUCGUUGUCACCGUGUUGCAAAUGCUGCUGGGAUUCAUCUACCUGGGCAACUCGACCGCCUUUAAUGCCAUUCUCGCCAUGGCCAUUAUCGGCAUGUAUCUCUCCUACGUGCUACCCAUUUGCUACAUGUUGGUGCACGGUCGGCCGCGUUUACUGUCUACCGCCGACUACGGUCCCUUUCGCUUGGGGCGCGGACUGGGCAUUGUCUGUAACGUCAUCUCGGUGAUUUGGCUGGUGGUGUCUAUUGUCUUUAGUACAUUCCCAUCCGCCAUGCCAGUGACGGCCGAGACCAUGAACUACUCGUCCGUCGUCAUGGCCGGAUGGAUGGUGUUUGGUGCUGCCUAUUACUUUGCCCGUGGCCGGAAGAACUUUCGCGUUCCUGAAGUGAGGAUGACCAAUGUCGUCGUGGGUGUGCAGCUGUCGCAGAAAUAA